AUGUCUAAUGAUGACCACCCGCGCACGGAUUUGAACAACGAAUUACAGCGGGUUUAUGGACCAUUUGUAUCCCACCAUGUCAGGUGGGAGGUUUACUCGCGAGGUCCCGCAAACGCAUUGACGUGGUAUGCAACUGUCUACAUUAAUGAUAUGAAUUACGGCACCGCUUCGUCGCACAACAAAAGUGGAGCUCAGGACGACGCUGCGAGACAAGCACGUGAUAACUGGAGACGUGAAAGGUCCAACCAAUAA